GUAAAUAUAAAGAAUUAUAAGUAACUCAAUUUUUAUUAGAAUUAAUUUAUGUAUAUAUUAUUAGGUUUAAUACCGCUAAAUGUCAUUAAAAAUUUAAAUUAAAUAUUUUUGAGUAUCUUACACAUAUCGUAUAUACUCAUUUAAACCGAGCGCUAUUGCAACUAUCAAAAUGAUUUCAAAAUGAAAAGGAAUGCAAAAUUUCGUAGCAGCGAAUAGCACAGUCCCUUCAUCUUUCCUCGUCGGCUCCUCGCCUUCCAAUAAACCGGUUUAGGUUACAAAAGAGUCCGUGUGUGAACUGGCACUUACUUGUACGUUUAUACAAUGAUCAAGUGUUACAAAUGGCAGAACUAGUACGAGGAGAAGCAUCCGAGUCCGAUGAAGAAACCCAUACCAAAAUAUUCGCAUCAGAAGUUUCCGGCGAAGCCACUGAAUCGGAUGAAGAUUUAUUCGAAAAAAAAUCACCAGUAAUGGAAAAUGGAAACGUUAUAACAGAAUCGCGCUAUAAAAAUAAUUUAUUGCAACGAAAAUUAAUCGACAAUAAUAUUGGAAUUUACAAGGGGUUGUCAAUGUUUGUGAAAAAUUUAGUAACAAAUGUGUCAAAACAUUUAUUAAAUACUGACCAACUUCUCAUAAAAUCACAGUUAACUAUGCAGUCAGUUUUAUGCUCUUUGAAAAAUUCUCAGGUCAGUAUGAAGCAACUGCAUGAAAAACACAAAGAUAUUUUUACAAGCAAUUUUGUACCGGAUAUCAACCACUAAGUUUUCAAAAAUAAAAAUAAAAUAUUAAUCGAAAUUUUA